UCACUCCUCCAGCUCACUUCAACAGGAUGCUGCUACUUCGUUCAUUGCGCCAACAGCUGGACUCUGCUUCCUGAGCUCUCCCCCUAACCAAGCAGAGCUGCUGGAACAGAGGAAAUGUGUGUGUUUAUGUGUUUUUGAGAGAGCAAAAGAGUGAGGGAGUGAGUCAGAGAAAGAGAGAGAGAGUAUGGAAUGUUGUGAUGUCACCAACCAAGUCAUACACAAAGGCAAGAAGAACAGCAGUUCUCUCUCUUAUUCUCCCAGUCUGUAGAGCCUGCUGUAGAGCGUCCGCACCCAACUCCUGUCCAGCUGCUGGCCGCUGUUCAAUGAUGGGAGUGCACGUGUGGUGAACAGUGGAAGCUGGGGAGAUUAGGGCUGUGACACUGAUCUGGACCUGGACUACUCCACCAUCUUCAUCAUCCUUAUCCUCAUCCUUACUUUAAUUUGGACUCUGGAGGACUAACUCACAUUAAAACACACAUCAACAGCAACUGGGCCUAAAAACAGCAGCCAUGUUGCAGCAGAUCCUAAAGGACAUGUACAUUGACCCGGAUGUGCUGGACGCUCUGAAUGAAGAGCAGAAGAAGACCCUGUUCCUGAAGAUGCGGCAGGAGCAGGUCCGCCGGUGGAAAGAGCACGAGGAGAAGCUGGAGAGGGAGGAGUCCCACAAACCCAAACCAAAGACAGCUCACAGUAAGAGUGUGAAUUGGCUGCUGGGCCGUGAUGGAGAUGUGCAGGUCAUUGUCAUCGGCGAGAUGGACGAAUUCAAGGCUUCAAAAAUUCUCUACUCAGGGUUUGGCGAGAGAAAAGCUGCUAGUCUCUUAAAGAAUUCAUGCAACCAGGUAUCCAGUUUGAAGAGCAAUCUUGUAAACAGGGCAUCCACAGAACCAGUGCGAUCUGGGAGAGAGAAUCUUCCACCCAAAACACUGUCAGUAGUACAGCUUAAUUUAAAGGAGAGCAGUGAAGAAGUAAGGACACUGCCCCCUCCACAGGUAUCAGCAUGUGAACAGAAACCGGCCUCUCCUGUAGAAAAUGUCAGAAAGGCAGAAGAGGACACAGAAGUGGACGCCGCGGCCUCUCUGUCCUCCAUCUGUUACCGGCCACACAUGAGGGCUAUCCCCAAGGCAGCCGGCAUCCUGCACAGCCUCGGCCCACAGGACGAACAGGAGAAGAGCAACCCGCUGUCCAUCGCAAGCAGGCUCCACCCACACGAGCCUCCAGAGCCUCAGGUUAACAGAGGGAAAGAUUUCAGAGUGAUGGCAGCCUCCAAACGAGCUCUGUCCAUAGAGUCGGACUCUGUGGGAGGGGACAGCUGUUUGGGGCGUGGCCGCGUAGCCGAGUUGAUGAAAGCCUUCAGUGUGAACAGCAGUCACUCCUCCCCAUCAGAAACUCCGCUCAGGGCCAACAAACCACCAAUUCCAAACAAGCCCACUCACCUACGGCAGCGACCCUCCCCCUCACUCAGGUAAUCAGGCAGCUGCCGACACCCAUCUGGAUCACCUCGCUCCCAGCUUGACCAAAGAAGACCCCCCCCCACCAGACCGGCAGAGCUUCUGUGGGGCAGGAGGUGACGUGUCCACAGCCUCUCUCAGGAAUGUCUCUAAUGAACGAGGGACAGAGGGGUUUAGCUUUUUUUUUUUAAAUAUUAUUAUUUUAUUAUUGUUUUGUAUACUGUAAUUGCGCUGGAAGAUCUCUCAGCUGGCAAAAUGCAACCUUUUACUGUUGUUACAGGCUUUUUCCUUUUUAUUUUUUUACAGAAUGUUAUGACCUUUUACAGGCUUUUAUUUCACGUUUGCUUGGGAUCUGCACAUAUUUUGCUGAAGCACAAACAUUUUGUUCCACUUCUUUGUAACUUUUACACAUUGUUUAAAAAGCUUUAUAGAGGAAAUAAAACAACCAGUAUGAUUAAUAUGACAAUAUUUUAAUCUAAAUGCUUAAAAUGAUAUUUAUUCAUUUAUGUCAUUUAUUCCAUCAUAGAAGUUAAAGCAAAAGGGGCAAAAAGUGGACAGAAGUUCCAUUUAUGGCUAUUUUGUUUUUGACCUAUUUUUUAAAUUAUGUGUUUCUAUUGUAAGUUUAUUCUUGAAGACUGUUGCUAAGAACUGUAGUUGCUUCUAUACAGUUUAUUGCAAUGUUUUACUCUAUAGUUAUAAGCCAAUACAUAAUGGUUAUUGACUUCCCUGUUAACAAACAACAGAGUAAAUAGAGCAAUUACACAUUUCUUCAGGUUACUGGCUAUUGACUCCUAUUGACACCGAACACAAACGAACCUCUGACCCCUUCUUUCAGCUUUGUCAGCAGGAUGUGUGCCCUGUGUGUUUCAUCAUACGACAAACUUACUGUGUCUUUUUAAGUUUUUUGUCUUUGGUUUGAAAACAUAUGAUUCUUCUUAAGAUUUAUUUUUCUUAACAAUUUUGUCCAUCAGCCGGGAUGUGUUUGGUGUUCAGGUAUUGCUUACAAGGUUUUAAACUGGAGCUACAAGGAUUACAUGUCUGACGAACUCAAAUCUCUAUAUAAUAUAUCUAGGAUUGUUUUUAGAAGUGAACAGUGAUCAGAGUCAAGAAGUUCCUGAGUGCACUGAUGGGCGGCACCAACUCUGGGUGCAAUAGACGUUUUUUUUAACAUCAUGAAAGUUUUGAAUUCAACUUUUUAACCUAGCUAACUUAACUAGCUAACAUUUAACUAGUUUAGUACUCUUUUCCCUUGUCUCUCAGGAUUGCACGUCCCAAUUGCGUGCUAAUUACCAACAUUAACUACCAUAAUUUAUGGACUAUGAGGCGCACCGGAUUAUAAGGCUAGCUAGCAAUGAACGUCUAUUUUCCGGUCUAUUUUCAUACAUAAGACGCACUGAAUUAUAAGGCACAUUUUAAGAAAAAGUAGUAAGAAUUAAGGGUGUGGCCAUGAAUCCCUUCUAUUUCAGCAGGUUUAGCCGCUGGGGUUGGAAAACAAAACUGUAAUUUAAAAACUUUAACUUCCUGAAAACUGUUUAUUUGAGUAAAUAAAGUCCAUCUGUUUAUUUACAGUAAGCGUAGAUUUCCAAUAUUUUCAAAAGCACAGUUAGUAGUAGCGCUAGCCGCAGUUAGCAGCCCUAAAUGAGGAGCCCUAAAUGCUCCGGUAACCCAGGGUGCUAUUAGCUAGUGGUUCUUUCCAUGUAGCUUGGUAAACCUGGUAACCAAGCAGACUACAAUCCAAUAUACUCACCUCAGAAUAGUGAAAGAGCUAGCACUGCAAUUAGCAGCUAAUGCUAAUACUGCUCCAGCCUCGGUGCUGGAGAAACUUCACUGAAAAUCCUUUAUAUAUAAGCAGAGUGAUUUGCUGCUUCUUAUAACCUGACUGGUAGAAUCCAUACAUACAUUUUUGGUAAAAUUAAAGGAUUUUAAGUGUGCCAUAUACUCUGAAUCAGUCGGUUUGAAUGUGGUAAUAAUGGCACUAUAAUCCCACCAUGCAGUGCAAAAUGAAAUGGAAGAAGCUGCUCAUGUUUGGAACAAUAUUGGAAAAAUGACAGAGAUUAUAGUUUCAUUGCUCUGUUAUUACAAAACACAUCAGUACAUUCAUGUUUUGUGUACUAUCCUGCCAAAUCUGCACAACUAAGAUUAGUUUACAGUAAAUAUCUGAUAGUAUUAGUGUGUAGUAUGCAACUGUGACUCACCCCAGACUUCCUUAUUUUCCGCGCUACAUUUUUGCACUUCCUGUAUCCCUUGUUUCAAAUUAAAAGCCCUGUUCAGUACAAGUUUUGUAAUUGGUAUUUCAAGACUUUUCAGAAAAGUCUAUAGCAGCUGCAACCAUAAUUGUUUUGCAAUAAAUAUAUUUGGUGUAACACAAGACAAUGCUGUAACACAAGACAAUAGUUAUCUAAAAUCAUUUUUGCUCAGUUUGCCUAAAAUUGGCCCCAAACUUUCAAAAUCACUUCAAUGUCUUUUUUGAAUUGGUGCAUUGAGGAGUUGUGUUGAUGUGAUUUAGGGCAUGGUAUUGCUUUUAGGCAACUAUUAUUAGACAACUUCUAGUGUUUAUUAGAAGCAGUAACCUUGUAGCUCCAGUACUCAACCAAAUAACUCACCAAAUAUGUCUCAAUUUAUUUCGAACAAUCAUCAAUCAAUUGCAUGUUUUUUGGCCAAACCAUUCUCCAAUAAUGUUUUUUUAUAUUCUCAUAAAGUUACACACUUCACAACUGGAGGUUUUGCUUAUGAAUCAAUCUUAUACUUGUGCUGUUCCUCAACUACUGAGGUGUUCUUUUGCCUUUGUAAUAAUUCUUGAUGCAUUGAUGCCAGUGUGAAUGACUUGAUAUAUAUGUGUAUUGUGCUUCAGACACUUCAUGUCGGCCAGAUCCUUCCGCAGUAAGCACUAGCUUACUCUGUAUUGCUGGAUACUUUAUUCAUCACAGCUGGCAAAACCUUGACUGUGCUGGGCCAAUCAAGCACUUUUUAUUUUUGAAAUAAGGAUUUAUUAAAGGCUCAGUAGUAAAGGGAAACUUCCACCACUCAAUCUCCUGGCCUAUCUUCUGUAUCCUCUACCCUUCUAUCUUUGCCAUCUUAUAGCAUGAUAGCACCAAGACAGUAUGAUAUGACGAGCUCCUAGUUUUGGGUCAAGGUCUGGAAGAUCUUUCAGUGCUGAGAGCCAUUUAUAGAUGGCUUUUGCGCAACCUCUGAUGAAAUGGUUCUUCCAGAGCCCAAAAGUGACUCUAAUGGUUCAGCUUGAAGCUUUUUUUUUUUUUUUAAGAUCCAAGGGCUAUGUACUCUCAUCAUCAAAAAAUAGUUGGACCCAGAAGGAGGUGACAGAUUGCAAUGCUAUACUAUAUUUGUAAAAGUAUCCAUGCUUGGCCAUGGAAAUCCAUUCCAUGAAGCUCUUUACGCUCUUAUGCUCUUGCGCUAAUAUGAAGCCACAUGAAGUUUGGAGGUAUGUAGUGAUUGACUCUACAGAAAUUUUCACGAUACCAUGCUGGAGUUUCUGAGAGCGACACAUUUUUCUCUUAUGUUUGGAGAAGCAGUCUGCAUAGGUGAUGGGUUUUAUACACAUGUAGACAUGGAAGUGAUUUGAACCAAAGUUCAAUGUUUUGGAUGGAUAACCUGAAAGGGAUGGAUGGCAAUAUUGUGUAUUUGGAAGGAAGAUAAAGGUUACCAGGUUUGUAGGGUUGUCACAAUACCAGAAUUUUGACUUCGAUACAGAUACCAACUGAAGUAUCAUGAUUCUCGAUACCAAAACAAUACUUGAAAGAACAAAAAAUAAAUCAAUAAAAUUGUCUGACCAUGAAGUCAUUUCUAUCAGGCAUGUCAUGUUUUCUGUCUAACUGCUAAAUCAGAUUUAUGAACCCAACGUCUAAUGACAAAACACUUAUCUCCAAACUGGCAACUUUUACAGGAGAGAGAAAAAACCUUGUAAACUUUCAAUGGAAGUCGAUGUAAAAAGAGUUUAUUUCAGAUAAUUUUGAAGAGUUUCUAUUGGUCCGUCCAUCAAUAAAUUUUGGCACAGUGUAAGGGACAGUUUUUCUGUUCAAAUUAUGUUGUAAACUAAAAUUCGACAAAAAUGGAGAUAAGUUUUUUUUCAUAGGACAUAUGAUAGGGCGACGAUAUACAGGCACUUGGUCAGUGCAGAUGUAUUGAGCUACAGCUCUCUUUAGUCUUUCUGCUUCUUUGGAGGAUUUAUUUAUUAUAUUUUAUUAGUUAUUAGUUAUUAGUUAUAUUAACCUGACAGUAUGAACUUUAAGGGGUGGCAGGAGAGUAAGAAGAACAUUUAUUAAUGUUAUGUUAACACUCAUUGCUCUGUUUUAUUAAUCAAGAUUUUACCUCAGUAAAUAAGACCACACUCAAUUUAGCGAUCAAGGAGACUACAUGACUACAUCCAAUUUGCGAUGGAAACACAAAAACUUUAACAUCUCGAGUUCACGCAGCAAGACGGUUGUCUAGCUUAUCCCUAAUGCUUAAACAGUUAGAUUAGCAGUCAAUAGUAAAUCUUAGGAAAGCUUAAAAAUCUUAACUAACUCCACUAACCUCUCCACUUCUCAGCUCUCUGUAGAGAUCAGGAUGCCUGUCCACCAACUGCUGAGCCAAGUUGAUUGUGUUUGGCUUCUUGGUCAUUGGUCUAUUGGUCCUCAAGUCACUCAACCAAGUUAAAUGAAUAUUCACACAUUGAUUCAUUUGUUCAGAAUACUAGGUUUGCCUAAGUCCUGCCACACUGGCCGUGGUGUGAAUCAGUUGUCUUAUGAAGUGAAUCAAAUUGUGCCUACUAAUUUGACUCCUUUGAAGCUUUGAAGUAACUGGGCUUUAUACAGUAUUAAAAGCAUUGAACACCAUAAAGAACCAAAUGGUGUUUUGACAUGGUAGUAUUGAAAAAGCAUUGCAAAUUUGGUGCAUCAUUCAACUCUACCAGGAACAAUAAAUGACUCAAUAUUUACACUGAUAUAGUCAAUAUUUAUUGAGCUCCACGUAGAGACGUAUAUCACAGUGUAUCACAGGUCUAACAUAUGGGUAACCACCAAGACAAAAACAGAACUCAUCUCUGAAGAUGACUCACUGCCAUUCUGCUUCUAGUUUCUUAAACAAGCACAAUAAUUUGCCAGAUCAUUUGUCAGAUCACCAUUAUAAGCAUAUUAACAGCCUAGUGUUACGUGUUAAUGAGGUCCUGCAAGUAGUUGCCCUGCUUUUUCUGGGACAAUGAUCAUCCACAUACUGCUGGCAUCUCAAGAGCUUGCCAUUAGGACAAAGAUGAUAUGUCACUGCCAUGUGCUUCAAUUUGAUUUCAUUAAAUCUGAAGGAUUUUUUUUAAAGGGAUGGAUUAUUGCAGGACGCCAUUAGGAACCUCUACAACUUCAUACUAAGAACUCUGGCAGGUUGUGUACCACGUGUUACACACUACUUCUGUUUGCGUAACCCAAUAAAUUCAUUCGGCUACUUUCUUUCAAAUAGCUCUUCCAAUAUAAUUGCAAUCCGUCACUUACUGUACUUCUAGGUGUAACUAUUAUUUUGAUGAUGAGUAUACCAAACCUUUACUCAAACUUGGUGAGCAAAAGCCGGCAUCUUCUAAUCUUUGCAGUGGGAUUGUCGGCCAGUCCUUUCUGAAGGUUGUUUUUAUUCAGUGUUUUUGGUUUUUAGGAUGAAGUGUAAUUAAUAUUUGACUGCACUAUUUUUUUUUAUUGUUAUGUUGCACAACUGAAAGAGAUGUAUAUGGAAUCUCUGUAUAGAUUGAUGACUUGAGUGAUUUGAGGGUAAUGGGAGGAUGAGCGUGGGAUAUUGUGUCUGUGUGAGGAAUGAUCACACUUCAGCAAUAAAAUGAUCCAAGUCCUCCAUGACUCCAAAACCA